UCCAGAUCUUUGGUUGGACACUGUUCAGACACAAAGACCUUAUUUUUGUGUUUUGUUCUUCGGGUACUGAGCACAAAAGGCCCUCAACAUGCCAACUGACGCCCAGGCUGAUGCACGCUCCUUCCUGAGCGAGGAGAUGAUUACUGAGUUUAAAGCCGCAUUCGACAUGUUUGACACCGAUGGUGGCGGUGACAUCAGCACCAAAGAGUUGGGUACCGUGAUGAGGAUGCUGGGUCAGAAUCCAAGCAGAGAGGAGCUGGAUGCCAUCAUCGAGGAGGUUGAUGAGGAUGGCAGCGGUACUAUUGACUUUGAGGAGUUCUUGGUGAUGAUGGUGCAGCAGAUGAAGGAGGACCAGGCAGGAAAGAGUGAGGAGGAGUUGUCCGAAUGCUUCAGAAUCUUUGACAAGAAUGGAGAUGGUUUUAUCGACCGGGAGGAGUUUGCAGACAUUCUGCGUGCUACUGGAGAGCCAAUCUCAGAAGAAGAGAUGGAGGAGCUCAUGGUUGAUGGAGACACAAACAAAGAUGGCAAACUUGACUUUGAUGAGUUCUUAAAAAUGAUGGAGAACGUCCAGUAAAAGUGCCACCUUCCACCUAUCCGCUCGGGCCCCAAGUCCUGUGCUUAAAACAACACAAAAAUCUCACUGAAGAAACAUCUCGAAACCGUAAUCAAAUGAAUAAAGGGAAACAGAGUUGACAUUCUUCUGGAACUUUCUCUUUAAGACUCGAAACGUCUAUAAAUAGCCAUCGAACCUUUUAAAAGGACUUCACUUUCCCACCACCCCCCACCCCACCUCCAGGUUUUCUUCAGCUGCCCGCCUGUGCGCCCUGCUCCUUCUGGACACAUGAUAUACAAUUCCUUCAGACCUCUUUCCUACUUUUGACCUUCUUGUCCCACCCUGUAAUGUUCCUAAAUAAACCAGAGUCAAUCUGA